CUCGGCACCCCGUGAAUAACACCAAGCACGUACACGAGAUACCGAUUUAUACCGCAGUAUGCGUGGUGUUCGCUGUGUAUAGUACGUUUUCCGUGAAGGAUUUUCGACCGAGCUAUGAUGACAAAGUCCGAAAAUUUCAUGAGUAACAUAUGCCCGGUAUAAGUGCGGUUCUACGAUCAUGGAUCAGCUGAUUAUCUUGGUGUCGGCGGUGCACUUGUUGUAUUGUCCGUUCACGAAAGUCGAGGAAAGCUUCAACAUGCAAGCGAUGCACGAUGUCCUCUACCACGGCUUGAAUCUCACAGAGUACGAUCAUCAUGAAUUUCCUGGAGUGGUGCCACGUUCUUUUUUGGGACCUAUUAUAGUAUCCGGUAUUGCUUCACCACUAGUGGCAACUAUUAAUUACCUGAAGCUCAACAAAUUUUUUGCUCAGUAUGUAGUGAGAGCAACUUUGGGGUUACUAGUGAUAACUACAUUGAAGUUGUACAGGCAAGCCCUGCAAAAUAUCUUUGGCCUACAGUUUACAAAAUGGUUUGUCGCUAUAACUGUGACACAAUACCAUUUCAUGUACUAUCUCAGUCGUCCACUGCCAAAUAUAAUGGCUAUGCCUUUAGUAUUGCUGGCCUUGUACGGAUGGUUGAGACAGAGCCAUGGGAUAUUUAUCUGGUCGUCAGCUGCAGCGAUAAUAAUAUUCAGAGCGGAACUUGCUAUACUAUUAGGACUAUUUCUUUCAUACGAUAUAGCUUACCAGAAACUCUCAGUAUCAAGACUGCUUAAAAUUGCGGUUCCAGCUGGUAUAUUGUUCUUAGCACUUAAUAUUGCCACAGAUUCGAUAUUCUGGAGACGUUUAGUAUGGCCUGAAGGUGAAGUGUUUUACUUCAAUGCUAUACUUAAUAAGAGCAGUGAGUGGGGUACAUCACCAUUUUUGUGGUACUUCUACUCAGCGCUACCGAGAGGUCUGGCACUCUCGUACCUCCUAAUUCCCUUGGGAAUGCUCUGGGAUGCUAGGGUACGCUUGCUCACUGUCCCAGCUAUCACAUUCGUGAUAUUAUUCUCGUUCUUGCCGCACAAGGAAUUGAGAUUUAUCAUAUAUGUGUUCCCACUGCUAAAUGUGAGCGCUGCUGCCGCCUGCCACAGAAUAUGGGAAAACAGAGCAAAAACAACGUGGAAUGGUUUUUUAGCGCUAAUAAUCCUGGGCCACCUCGUAUUAAACACUCUGUUCUCCAUGUUUCUGUUAUGCGUGGCCGGCUCAAAUUACCCAGGAGGUGCGGCGAUCGCUAGAUUACACAGACUCGAGAGAGACUCGAUCGAACCAGUGCACGUGCACAUCGACGUGCUGACCGCACAAACAGGAGUUUCGAGAUUUACCCAAACCAACGUUUCGUGGACUUACUCAAAACAAGAAAACUUAACCGUUGACGAUCCUGAAAUGCUGCAGUUCACUCAUCUCUUGAUGGAAGCAAAGAGCAAAUAUUCCCCAAAUAUAAAGCUUUAUCUCAAAACUCAUGACAUUGUCGACUCUGUUGAUGGAUUCUCGCAUAUAGCGUUAAAUUACCACAUGUUCCCACCAAUUAGGAUUAAAACAAAGCCCAUCAUAUUUAUUUUGAAGAGGAAAACGAACAUCGAAUACGAUCUUGACAAAGCAAGAGUUAUGAAAGAUACGAAAGAUUUUCUACAACCAAUAGAUAAUGCGGCAGAAGAAAUAGAACUAAGUACAUUGCGCGAAACAACAGCAGAAACAAAGCCAAUAUUUGACGACAUUGUUGAGUCAUUGGAAGAAUUUGAAAAGCCUGAGGAAAUUGAUGAACAAGAUGUAUCAGAUGUUGAGCUUGAACGCAUUAUGAAAACAAGUAAUAAUAUUGAGGAAGAAACAAACAGGCAGGAUGAUUUUGCAGAUGAUAAUAUGGCAUCUGUGGAAAAUGUUCAAAUUACAAAUGUAAAUAAGUUAUCACCCAAUUUCAAAAGUAAAAAAAGAGAAGGAGAUUUUGAAUUGCAAGAAGAUUUCGAGACUGUGUUUAACAUUGAUAGUGCCAAAUCUGAUGAAGAAGUAAAACCUAAAAUCGAAGAAAACAAAGUUAUUAAAGGGAGAUUCAAGAACAAUCUAAAUCUACGCCAAGAAGGUCACAGCUUUAAGGAAACAGUUAAAAAGAUGAUCCAAGAAAAGAUGCAAGAAGUCAAGCAAAAGAGAGAAAUUAAGAAUGGACGAAAGAACGUGGAACUUCCGAUAAAACCGAUGAAGAAAGAAAAGAAAGAAGCUGUAGCAACAGAAUUGCCAAGAAGGAUAAAAAUAUUAAAGCAAGAACUGAAAGAAACAUCAGUCUUGACUGAUAAACCAGCAAUGGUGAAAGAAAAAGUGAAGGUUACGAAAAAAGUUGUGAGAGAUGAAGAUACAGUCAUCAAACAGAAACUUAUUAAAGCAAAAAAUAUUACACAAAAAAUAGAUAAAAUCAAGGCGAUGAAGCAUGAUUUGGAACAAGUCGUGGAUGAGAAAGAUACAACUGUGGAACAAGAGAAUGAAACCACGGAUACAACGGUGGAAAAGAUUGCAAAGGCAGAAGAUAGUGUUGACACGGAAUCGCCCAUAAUUCCAGAAAAAAUUGUACAGGAAGACGACAGAGAAAAUGUUAAAAUACCGAAACCACUGAACGUAAGAGAAAGCAUAAGAAAUAUCAUAAAUCAAUUUAAAGACUUUGAGAAAGAUUUUAUAUACGAUGACGUAGAUUCAAAGGCAUCAGCAUACGAUACAAGUGAUGUAAAUCAUAUUGAAAGCGACGUGACAGGAAAGGAAAGCAGUGCCGUUAAUUAUUCUGCAGGAGAUGAAUAUAAACUGGCAGCGAAAGAUCCUAGAGACAGUCUAAAAGAAAUAAUAGAUCAAUUCAAGUAUAUUAAGCACGAAUUAACUUCGGAGGAAGAUGAUCAGUUCGAUGAUAUUGCAGCUAAGUAUAUGGAACGACCAAUUGCUGAAACGUUAUUACAAUUCAGUGAAGCUUUAAAGAGUUUGAUGCAGCGAAGGAGAAAGACCUCGUUGCCUGAGCAGGCAAGCAGCUUAAAUAAUAACAAAGGCGAUCAGAGGAUCUCAGCGGACUCGUCGCAGACGAAACAUGCAAAAGAGACGACAGCUGCUAAAGAUGAUCGCAAUAACGAAAGAGCGGAAGUUUUAAGAGCAAAAUCAAAGGUCAAGCAGGAGAGUGUCAUCGUAGAUAAACCAAAACACAAUCUUAAUGAGAUCUCUGAUGCAAACAAAGACUCCAAUAUGCGAGCUAAUACCGAAGAGGUUUCAAUGAGUGCUCAACGACAUAAUGAUAAGAUCUUAAGUAACGUCGGUAAAAUUGAUGUCGCAAAGAAAGGAAGUUCACAGAAAAAUGCGGGAAAUAGUCGGAGCGAAUAAAUGUUGUUUCCAAUUUGAAACAACUGUAUAAUCGUGACAUAUGUAAAUACGUUUUUCUGUGAUAUUGAAAACAGUGUAUUUUUUAAUAUAUGCUCGUGCAUUACCAACACGGAAAGCGUAAAAUUUACUUUUCCUAUAUCUACAUGAGAUAUCCACGAUCAUUUGAUGACGAACAUAAGCAUGCUUACGUAGACAUGGAUGAGUUGUAUAGCAAUAUAACUCAUGUAGUUCGAUAUUAUCUUUCCAAAUCAACGUUUGCAUUUAGAUGCCACUUAAAGAAUUUUUAAUUCUCUAUUGCCUGAUUGUACUAGACAUUCCCAAUAAACACAAAGUAUCAUCGAUGUUACAAUGUCAGCUCAAUCAUAUGGUAUAUUACGUAACUGUUACUUUGUUAUAUAACAAAGUAACAGUUACAACCCAUAUAACACAAAUGUUCACUAGAUAUCCUAAGAAUGUUCUAAGAAUAUUCGAAUAUUCUUAGAAUGUUUUUAGGAUAUCUAUUGAACAUUUGUGCUGUAUGGGAUAAUAUAUCAUAUGACUGAGCUGACAUUGUAAUAUGGAUGAUACUUUGUGUUUACUGGGUUUUAUUAUGCUUACAACAAACUGUUUGUCUAGUUAUGAACUGAAACUACUUUUUCUACAAGAAUUAACAUGCAAUAUCUAAUGAACAUGGAAUUGAUUUCCAUCUUGGUAUCUGCAGAGCAAUUGAGUGCCUUACAAAAUCUCUUCCGGAGCUCAAGAAGAUGGUAAAUGUAAAUAUACACGUGUAUAUAAGUGUGCGUAGCCGUGUAUAUGCACCAUUGUACCAUGUAUUGAUAUUUUACAUAUAAAAUGAAGUUGUUUAAUAUUA